UGGGAAAUGGCCGCGGCGGCUGUUGCUGGGGAGCCGUACAGCAAGAAGCUCCGCUCUGGCAGCCUGACAGAACCAGGCAGCGCCCGGAGAGAGAGAGGGAUGGAGCGCCCGGAGAACAAUACUGCGGGUUACGUGGGGGCUCAGCGAUGAAGUAUGGAAUUGUUUUGGAGCAUUUACGGUGCAUUUUGGACUCAUGAAAGGAAGAUCUUCAAAUUAGAACUAGUAUCAAGCCUACAGUGCCCUGUGAGAAAACAGAUCCCAAAGGUUGAGAGACCCUUGGGAACGGUACAGGAUGCACAGCUGUUUGACUGCCAUGAGACCAGGGAAUCAGCAAAAGUCACCCACCUCCCAUAUGAGUCAAGUAUGCUUGAUGUCAUGAUAAAUGAUUGAAAAAACCCCCCUUUCCCUGGAAAUCUGGAAGAACAUGAAUAUUUCCCCCUACAGCCAAGUUUUGAAUAAUCUCUGUGGAUCAACUGCUUAAUGUGUGCGUCUAUUACAAAAGAGAUGGAUACAAUUGGAACUUUGACUCAUCGACAGAUUAUUUUCUGGAAUAAUCCUAUUUGGAAUAAUGCUCUCAUUUUUCACAUCAAUUUUUGUAGAAGGCUGUAGCCUUAUUUAUUAACUUUCAUUUUUGUUUAUUUAUAACAAACUAGUCCUUAAAGUGAAUAGAAAGUGAGGCUUUGUGGAUACUUGUAUUGAACAUGACUCAUGGAGAAGAGCUUGUCUCUGAGAUGCACGAGGAUUCCAUUGUUCUAACUUACCUAGAGGGAUUACUGAUGCAUCAGGCAGCAGGAGGUUCGAGUUCUGUGGUUGACAAAAAGCCUGUUGGGCCAAGUUCGGAGGAUCAAAACUUCAAGCUUUCGGGAAACACAUCUCCCAAUUGUCAGAGAGAUGGUCCAGCUCCUAACACACAUACAUAUCGGGGUUCGGGAAUGCUGCAUCACAAAAAGGCAAGGCUGUUACAGUCUUCUGAAGACUGGAAUGCAGCAAAAAGAAGGCGGUUGUCUGAUUCGAUUGUGGAUUUAAAUGGGAAAAAAGGAGCCUUGUUAGCUGGCAUGGUUGAAAAUGAGCCCAAAGGAAAGCAGGAUAGCACAUUACUGACUUCUUUGCUUCAGUCCUUCAGCUCUAGGCUGCAGAGUGUUGCUUUGUCACAACAGAUUAGGCAGAGCCUUAAGGAGCAAGGCUAUUCCCUCAGCCAUGAUUCUCUACAAGUGGAGAAAGACUUAAGGUGCUAUGGUGCUGCAUCCACUCAUUUGAAAACUCUCUUGAAGAAGAGCAAAGGAAAAGAUGAAAAACCGGAGACUAGUCUGCCUGAGCUAACAACAAAUUUAGCAAAAGAUCGGUUUAUAGAGUCUUCACAUACAGAACAGAGUGGUACCAAGGUGAUAAGUGAGCCAUUGUCUUGUGCUGCAAGACUACAAGCUGUUGCAAACAUGGUGGAAAAAAGAUCUAGUCCUGCUACAUCCCCCAAACCCAGUGUAGCUUGUAGUCAGCUAGCUUUGCUCCUUUCAAGUGAAGCUCACUUGCAGCAAUAUUCCAGGGAACAUGCUCUAAAAGCACAAAAUGCCAGUCAAAUUGCCAGUGAAAGACUUGCUUCAAUGGCAAGAUUAAAAGAAAGUGCUCCAAAAGUUUCUGGCCAUUUCAAACUGACAAAAGGUAUGGAAAGCCAUCUGAAUGGUCAGACAAAAUCUUCAACCAAAUCAAUAACCAGCAAAAGCAAUAGAACUCCUUUUCAGGGUUCCACAGGCCUCAUUCAUUCAUCUCCCAAAAGCAUUGGUUACAAAGCCACAGUGGAAAAGAAUCAUUUGAAACCACCUUCAAAUAGUAGCUUACUUUUGCACCUUCUUAAGAAUCACAAUGCUACUAAGCAGACUAAGGGGUAUGAACAAACUGAGAGAGCAAGUAUUUUUGAGGAGAGUAGUAUACCAACCACUGUUGAUGAAUACUCAGAUAACAAUCCUAGUUUUAUAGAAGAUGAUAGUAGUGAUGAUGAAAGUUCUCAAUCUAAUUGUCUUCCUAUAGACUUAUCUUUUAAACAGAGAACAAAUAAACCAGAUUCUGGACAGUCAACUUCUCUAGACAAUUUAACUCAAUCCUUGCUACACAACUGGGAUUCAAAAGUUCCUUGUAUAGAGAAUAUAGAAGAGAAAGACUCUACUAAAAGUACUAAACUGAAUCCACAUCAUAAAGUAACUUUACUUCAAUUAUUGCUUGGCCAUAAAAGUGAAGACAAUGCAGAGAAAAUGUCAGAAAAUGAAGGUACAUUAGUUACAGCUGAUGUGUCAAAAUUUAAUUUACCAUUGAGUAACAAGAUUUCUGGAACUGAUUGCUGUAAUGUCAAUCGAAUUACUCCAGUAAACACCCCCCCUUUACUGACUUCUUCAAAAGCAGAUUCUCCCAUCAAUCUUUCACAUCAUUCUCCUUUAUUGGUCAAACAUAGCUCACCACCUUACAUUUGCACCAUGCAGCCAGAGAGACUAAUUAAUCCAGCUUCUAAACACUUGAUAGAUCUUACAGUACACAAAGAACUUCGAGGAACUAAACCUAACAGAAAUGAAACUGGGCAAACAUCCUCCUCUUUUAGUGCAAGCAAACUACUGCAGAAUUUAGCUCAGUGUGGAAUGCAGUCUUCCAUGUCGAUGGAUGAGCAAAGGGCAGCAGGCAAACAGAUUACUACUGUAAAUACAGAAAAACCAAUAGGACUGAUAGAUGGGUUGAAUAGCUCUCUUCUUACUAACAAAUCAAGUACACUUGAAGAAAACAAAAUACUCAAUAAGCAGUCUCUGCCUAAUGAGCAAAGAUUUCCUAGUACAGAAAUUCAGAAUAUCCUUGAAAGACGCACUGUCCUCCAGUUGCUUCUGGGAACCUCCAGCAAAGGUAUGAAUGAAAUAAAAGAGAGGAUGCUUUCAAAAGAAGAAAGUUUACCAGACCAGGCAGAAAAACCUUCGAAUGAACAAAUAUUGACUGUGAAAAUAAAAACAGAGCCUUCUGAGGAAUCAAAUGUCCUUCAGAAUCCAGAUGCACAGCAAAUAAGGGAAAAUGAUAGUAAGAAAUUUCAAGGAAUCACUAAUUCAGUAGAGAGAAGCACAGCUCCAGGAUCUGAGGAAUUUAAGCCAAACCCGCUCUCACCUCAAGAUUUUUCUUUUGCAAAGAAUGGUCUGCUAAGUCAAUUACUGAGACAAAAUCAAGAUGACUGUUCUGCAAAUGAUCUAGAUGGGAGCCCCAGGAACAGUGAGAGGACAUUUGUCGAAUCAAAGACUCACAGCACAGUACCUAAGAAGAGAAAACUUCAUUCUGAACUUUCAGAAGGUCCUUUAAAAAUAUUAAAAAGUAACCAAGGUAACAUGUCAUCUGAUUCUGCAAACAAUCAUAAGUCUUCUCCAGAAGCCUUGCAUGGCCCUGGGCUUAACCAGAAAGAACUGAAAUUCAGGAGAACUGAUUCUGAAUCACAGUAUUCUUCAGGUCACGGUUCAAACAAUGAAUCUGAAAAUAGGAAUUGGCCUAGAGAAAGCAAAGGGUUUAAUGUGUUGAAGCAACUUCUUCUCUCAGAGAACUGUGAAAAAGAGUUGUCUCAGCCUAGGAGUAAUUCAUCAGUUCCUGAGGGAAAAAAGAAAGGAGGCAAAAAUAAUCUAACAAAUAAUACCUCUUCAUUGCAUAUUCUAAUGGGAAAUCCUGGCCAACAAACCAAUUGUUUGGAUCACCGAACAUUUCAGUAUUCAGUUGCAAUGCAGAGUCCUGCCAGUUCUCUUUUCACUGAACGUUUGGGGGGAAUAGUUUCAUCAAAACCUGAUUGUGACCAGUUUAAUAUAUGCCAUGUACCUAGUGAAAAGGGGCCUAUCAAAUGGGUCAUCACAGAUACGGUCAAAAAUGAACAUGAAAGAGACUCCCCCAGACUGACAAAAACCAAUCCAAUAUUGUAUUAUAUGUUACAAAAAGGAGGCAGUUCUAAAAUCCAGGAAGCACAUGGCAAAAAUAUUUGGAAUGAGCCAUCUUUUACAGAAAAUUCAACAUUCAAGAAAGAAUUAUCACCCAUCACAGAAUGUAAAGUACCUUUUCAUAAUGUGAGAAACCCUUACAAUAGCCAUCUAGGUAAUAAGGUGUCCCUUCAACAUAAUGUGAACGGAGAAGUAUAUGGACUCUUAGAAAAAGUGCUAAUAAUUAAGAAAGAACCAGAAUAAAUUAUAUAAAGUGUUUACAGUCAGGUUUAAAUCUUUGCUUUAAAAAAAUUAAGUGUUGUAAAAAUCUAGCAUGAUUUGAGAAAAGCAUGAGAUAACGGAAACAUGGUUUUGUUUGAUAAAUGUUUCUGCUGAUAUUUAAAAUACUUGUAGUUAAUUUGUUCUUUGCUUUACAGGAAACAUUUGCAAAAGAUUUACUUGACUUGUUAGUUGUAUAACCUCCAUGAAAAGCCUACAACUAGAGACUUGGUCCCCUUUUGCAUUUACUUUCCUACUUCCAUAGCCCUUUUCCAUUAGUAUGACUGAAUGAAAAAGGUUUUUAACCAUGUGGUUUAGCUUCCUGUUUUCAGACCAUGGAAGUGGUGUAGUGGUAAGAGUGUUGGGCUGGGAUCUGGGAGAUCUAAGUUUAAAUCCUCGCUUUCUUAUGGAAUCUUGCUAGGUGACUUUGGGCCAGUCACAUACUCUUAGCCUAAUCUACCUCUCAGGGUUGUUGUGAGGAUAAAACGGAGAAGAGGAGAACAUUGUAAGUCACUUUUGGUCCCUGUUUGGGAGAAAAUCAGGGUAUUAAUGAAAUAAAUGGACCUCUCAAGCAAUCGAAGCAUCAUUCUCAUGGUUUGUAAACAUGGCAGGAAGCUGAAAUGUGCAUGGAAAUAUUUACUCAUACUUAAAUCAGUGAACAAACAACCACAGAUGCAGCAGCAACUACACUGGAGAAUGUAAGUAUAAGGAGGCCAUUGGUACUGUACAUGCAAUGCCAGGUAAUAUACAGCCUACACUGGUGAUAGGUUAUUGUGCACCACUGCGCUAUGUUUCCCAUUUUUAAAUUAUCACUACUAGGACAGUAUAAUUUUGUGUGUUUUAAUACAUUUAUGAAAUGUUAAGAUUCUCUUUUUUAAUAAAUGGAACAAUUAGACCCAGGCAUUAGUUCACAUGUUUGUAAUCCUAAUCAGUGUUAGAUAGAGAAACGCACAAAACAAACCCUUUAGUGCUUCCAAAUUUCUUUUAACAGUUUCUUGUUUUAAUAUCUGGGAAAAUCACAAUAUAGUACAUAUUUUCAGUAGUUACAUUUUGGAAAAUACCUUCCCUAAACACUUGGCUGGUAAUCAUAUAAAAUUUGGAUUAUGACUUUUACUCUUUAAAAAAAAAUAAAACUGCAUUUCAGCUAUGCUAGAAAUAACAAGCCUCAUAUUUGUUUUCACAUUUCUUUUCUUCACUUAACACUUAGCCAGAUGUCAGUAGUCAGCACAUGGAAAAUAGUGAAGGGAGCUGGUAUUUUACCAGGCUGGUGUUGUUUUUUGUUUAUGAAAAAACAUAUAAUACAUGAUGAUGGCCUCUUUCCCCUUUAUUCAUGCUUUUGUAUAAUAUAAGCACCACAAAAAUGUGGAACAUUUUGUGUUGCUGGCAGCUUUAUUUUUGUAUAAAGGCAGUACAUGGAUUAAUAUCAAUUUGUCUGUGGACAAACUCAUGACAAAUUUAUUAGCCUUCAAACAUUAAUAUCCUAGUAUUAAACAACAUAUUUUUUGGAAAUUGGAAGAGUUGAAUGACAGCUUUGUUGAAUUGUAAUGCAUAGAUAAAAAUCAAAAUCUAUUUCAGUGUAGAUAACAGACUAGAUACGUUCAUAUCCUCUCAUGCAUGCCACACACAUAACAUGCAAACAGUAGUACACAGCAUUGCACUCACACAGUUAAUAGUAAGCUCUUAAUUUGAUUUUAGGAUUAAAUUAAUGGCAAAGUCAGACAGCAAACAUUUCCCAAUAUGAAAGUUAGCUUUUGCUUCAUUGAUUACUUGUUACAAUUGAUAUAUGAAAAGUCUUCCUAAAUUUUCAAUAACAUUGAAUGAUGGACAAACUUAUCCAGGCUCAAACAGCAAAAUGCCCAGCUACAAAGUAGAACUCUCAGGGGGAAAAAAUUGCCCUUUCCCAAGAGUUCUCCAAUGACUUUUAAGAUACCUUCCCUUAAGCCCUGUUAUAACUUCAAUCUUUUUUUUAGAGCCAGUAGCAACUGAGGCAACCAGGACAUUGAGUCUCUCCCUCCCCCAUUCUCCUACCCUAGCAUAGUAAUAUUAAGUGGUAUAUUCUGCCAUAGCAGAAAAUGUAGUCACAAAACUGGUCAGCUUUACCCUCAUGGUCUCUUCUUCAAUCCUUCCUCCUUGUUACAGUGGUCACAGUAGGGGAAGGAGAGGUAGACUUUUUCCUUAUUUUUACUUAAGAGCAGUAGCUUCUGAUGCAAAAAACAAGAAGAUUGCAGUAGAAGGUAUAAGCUCUUCUGAAGUUUGUAUUCAGAUUUAAACCAGAAAACAACUUAGACCCAUACCUUUGUUUUGAGCCUAGAAAUUAUGGACUUUGUCUGGAUCACUUCAGUUUACAUAUACAUGCCUGAGUAGCAAACUUUGAAUUAUAGUUCUCUGUUUUAUUAUCAGUUUCCUUUAAUGAUAGAAGUGAAAUUUCCAGCAACUGUUAUUUUUCUGGAAAUUUUAUUCUGUUUCUUUUAAAAAUAUCCACUAUACUCACCAACCUUACUAUAAUCCCUUUGAAGUUCCAUUGUUUUUGGGUAGAGGAUAAGUGGAAAUCAGUGCAAGACAGAAUUCAACUUGAUAUAGUCCAUCUUAUUGAGCACAAAGAUGCUAAUAAUAUGUCAGCUACCAUAUAGAACAGUGUGAAUUCACAUCACUCGUGCAAAUUAUUAGUGAUAGUGGGUUGGAUCCACUGGAAAGGUUUGCAGAGUGAAUCAGCCAAAUUGAUAUUUCCUUAUCUUCCUCAAACAUAAUGCUGUUGUGGGUUUUCCGAGUUGUGUACCGUGUUCCAGUAGUAUUUUCUCCUGAUGUUUCGCCUACAUCUGUGGCUGGCAUCCACAGAUGCAGGCAAAACAUCAGGAGAAUAUACUACUGGAACACAGCCAGAUAGCCCAGAAAACCCACAACAUCCAAGUGAUUCCAGCUGUGAAAGUCUUUCGACAAUACGUAGGCAAAUUCUGCAUGGACCGUGGGAGUGGCGGGGCGCCAGUAUACAUGACACCAGUGCCAGCCUGGGGCUGUUCGCACAUGUGUGUGUGGGCAGCCCCAGAGUUGCUGCAGCCCGCAACAGCGCCUUUGCUGUUUUAAAAAACUUACCUCCUCAUCCCUGUAUAGCUUUGUCAGGAAAAGGGGACAUGCCCCCCUGGCAAUGGCCCAGGGGUUGGAGGGCAGGGAUUGUGUCCCCUCGUCCUGAUGGAGCUACGCAGGGGAGGUAAUUUUUUAAAAAGCGGCAUGCCAGAAAACAGUGGUUUCCACCUGGUGCUGUUUGGUUUUUCACAUGCAGGUGGACACACAGUUUGGGGGGGAAGAGUGGCACUGCCUUGAUUUGGAGGCGGCAGCUGUGGGAAGUUUUCCACCCAAACACUGUUUUUACUGGACCGACACUGGUGAAUACGGCACGUGCAGAAUCCGCCAUAAUGCUGUUCAUUCUGAAAAUCCUCUCUGAGCCUCACAAAAGCAGGGCAGCCCAAUGGUAAAGGGUUAUCAGGCAAAAUAGCCUUUUCCUCCACUCACACAAGCAGCCAGUGGAAGAGAGAAGAGGAAACUUUUACCUAUUUCCUGUAGUUAUUGCAGUAGGCAGUACUACGGUGUUUGUAAUCCAAUCCCAGACCUUGUCAGAUUUUUCUGAACAAAGACCAGUAUAAGGACACAGUGAAAAAAGAUCUGAAAACAUAUUUCAUCUGCUUUUCUUCUGGAUCCAGCCCAAAAGGAUAGAUCCAAGGACUCCUUGCAGUAAGAGUGCAAAUCUCUCUAUCCAACAUAUUAGUUAUAUGUUACAUUGUUUAUUAAAUUGCAUCCUUAUUUGCCUUGGAUAAACUUUACAGGAAGGGAAUAUCUGUUCCAUCUGUGACACUUCAAAGAUUUUUUUUGUGAAAUAAUGUAUUUGCAUAAUUGUGAACCACAGGCUAUACCAGGGGUAGGGAACCUGCGGCUCGAGAGCCGCAUGCGGCUCUUCUGCCCUUGCAUUGCGGCUCCACGAGCUGAGCCACUAGCCCCAUCCUUGCCCGCCCUGCAGGCAGCAGGGCAG